GCAAUUCUCACGACCAAAAAUUAUAUCAGCCUUUCACGCCGCCAUUCCGAGCAGAGAAGACGUCGCUGGCUCACCACUGUUCAAAGAUUGAAAUUUUUUCUUUGAUUAAGUCGGCCGGACAAACAAAAUGGCUUACAAUAAAGAUUCCAAAGCCCCCACUGAUGAGGCCCCAAUUCACAGAAUCAGGAUCACACUUACCAGCAGAAAUGUCAAGAGCCUGGAAAAGGUGUGUGCUGAUCUUAUCAAGGGAGCCAAGGAGAAGAGUCUGAAAGUGAAGGGCCCCGUACGCAUGCCAACCAAGAUUCUCCGUAUCACCACCAGAAAGACACCCUGUGGUGAGGGCUCCAAGACAUGGGACAGGUUCCAGAUGAGAAUUCACAAACGUCUGAUUGACCUGCACUCACCUAGCGAGAUUGUGAAGCAGAUCACAUCCAUCAGCAUCGAGCCCGGUGUUGAGGUAGAGGUUACCAUCGCCGAUGCGUAAACAUACUUUGCUUCCAUUGGCUUGUACACCCAGUGGGGAAGAAAUAAAAAGAGAAAAAUAAUUGAAA